GCCACCUCUUCCGCGAUGUCAAAGUCGAAGAAGACCAAGGACAGCUCGCUGAAGGGCUCAAGCAGCAUCAGCAAGACCCAGGCAAGCAGCCUGGCUCUGCUGAUCUCCAAGAUGCAAUCGGACUCCGACCAGGUGGAGAAAGACAUCCUGAAGUCAGAAGAGAUGCUGGCUGUGGAUGCUGAAAAUGAAAAGAAAGACCUUCCAUUUAAACAUCAAAAUGAGAUAUCGACCAAACUGAGCGAGGCAGAGAACCUGCUGAAGGAUCUGUUCCUGGACGUCGAUAAAGCCAAGAAGCUCAAACACCCUCAAGCCAGAGAGAUUGAAAAUGAUAUCAGCCACCUUCAUGAGCGGUGGCUGAAGGACUGCAGCUUCUACAGAGACAUCUAUGACCAGAUUGACGACGUGUCACUGAUGCCCAGAAUUAACUGGGGGCCCAUUUUGAUUCAGAAGCAAAAGGAGCUGAAUGGAGAGGAGUACGGCCCCAACAUGGCCGACCUGGAGAAGCAGAUUGCUGCUCACAGCAUCCUGCAUAAAGAGAUCAAAGCUUACAGCUCCCAGCUUUGUGUCAGCUCUGCAGGCAGCGAGGAGAAAUAUGCUGUCUUUAAGAAACAACAUAACAACCUGCUGGACGACUCCAAGUGGCGGCACCACUACCUGAACAGUCUCUACGAGUACAUGCAGGGCUGCUGCAGGCUGCUGAACUUCCUGAGAGACGAACAGGAAAAGAUCAAGAAGCAGGACUGGAGCGAUCAAAUGCUGCAUCCUCCUGACAUCCGCAGGCACUAUGAGAACUUCAAGAACAACGGUCUUUUGUUCCAUGAGAGUGAAGUGAACAGACUCCAGGAUGAAGGAGAAAGGCUCGUCGAACUGAACCACCCGGCCAGCGAAACAAUACAGGCCCAAAUAGAAACGGUGCGAAACGAAUGGCAGAAGUUCCUGAAUCUCUGCAUUUGUCAGGAAACACAUCUGGAAAAUGUGGAUGAAUUUAAAAAGUUUCAAAUGGACGCUGAGCAGCUGUCAGAGACACUGACUGAACUCAGCACCACUUUGGCCCCAGAGUCUGUCAGGCAGAAGAGUAAUUCAAAGACACUUCUGCAGAUGGAGGCAGAGGAGAAGACGGUGCAGAACUGUGAGCAGCUGCUGACCGUCCUGAGGAGACGAAGUUCGACCAUCUCUCCUCUGAAGCUGCGUCGCGUUUCCUCCAACACUCCCAUCACAGUGAAGUCGCUGUGUGACUGGAAGACUGACCAGGCUUCUCUGUCCAGAGGGGAAACGUUCACCCUGAAAUCCCUCUCUGACAACGAGAACUGGGACGUAAUCUCAGCUGAUGGAGAAACCGAAACUUUCCCAGGAGUUUGCUUUCUAAUCUCACCUCCUGACCCAGACGCCAUUGAUAAAGUUGACUCUUUGGCGAGUGAGUUGGCAGAAAUCAAGAAAAAGAGAGCGGCUCUGGCAGCGUCCCUGAAGAACCCCAGAUCAGAUGUCUCUAUCGCUCAGCAGUCAGCUCCAGUUUCUUCAGCUCCAGCAGACCCCAAACUGGCCGCUGUGGCUCAGCGGCUGGACCAGCUGGACUCUGACCUGGCCAACACGGAGCAGGGCAUGCUGAGCCGUCUGCGAACCCCGGUGAGCCGCACCGACCCGACCGGAGAUCUGGCCAAGAAGCUGAGAGAGCAGGAGCAAGUUGCCGAGGCACUGAAGGUUCUGGAGCAGCAGAUCCAGACCGCAGAGGCCGACCUGCAGCCUUUCCUCUCUGCUGAGUCCAGCAGCUUCUUGCCUGGACUGCCGCUCAGACUGAGUGCUGCUAGAAGCAAGCAUGAUAGCUUAGCCGCUCUGGCGGAUCUCUACAGUAAAAAAGCGAAUGCGUCUCUCAGCCUGGAGAGUCAAAUUCAGAAGGUGGACGAUCUUGUUUAUGGCCUUGAGAGAAACCUCAGUGAAGACUGUCAAAUUCCUGACAUACCAAAUGCAAUUCAAACUCACACUGAAGACAUUCAGCGCCAGCAGCAAUCAGUAGCAGGGAUCCAGGAUGACAUGACGAAACUGAAUCAGGACUUGGAGGCGACUGAGGAGUUGUGCAGCUCCCUGCAGAAAGACCACCAGGAGUACUGCCCUGACAUCCAGCGCCAGAGGAAUGAUGUCAAACAGCUGCAGAGUCGCUACACAAAUGUUGCCAACCAGCUGAAGGAAAGAGAAAACCUUUUGCAAGAGGCUUCGUCAGCGUACCAGGAGUUCCAGAACCUGUGCAAAUAUCUCAACUCUUUCUUGGACAUCCUGCCAACAAAUCAGAUAAAUAUCAACGAUGGACUGUCGCAGGUGACUGCUAAGCAGAUCUCCCAACAGAGAGUGAUGAAGGAUCUAAAGCAGAAGGAGGACGACAUGGACGUAGUGGUUGACCACUCCCAAGAUCUGCAGUGCAUACUCAGUGAUUAUGAGACAAAUGCUAAUAAAUACAACGGUACACUUGAAGAUGUCGGGAUGACUCUUCCAAAGACGACCCAAAGCCUGACAUUCAGUGAUGCUAUUCAGAGAGAGGAAAAAAAUUUGAUAAAUCGCUACGCAGAAGCAACAGCAGAAAACGCUCAGCGUCAGAAACAGAUCGAUUUGGCUAGGAAUCUCAUUUUUCAAAAUGAAGAAAAGGUUCAGAUGGUGGCACAGCAACAGACGGAGCUUGAAAACCAACAAAAGAGUAGCUCUGAAUUAGAUGGCUUGCUUGGGGAAUUAGCGGACGAGAAUGAACUUACAGCUCAAGCAGAGACCAAACUAAAUACCUUCAAAAACAGGAUUAAGAAUCACCGCGGUGUGGAUCAUGUGGAGGACAACGAUGCAGUGUGGUUCCACCAGGAUCCUACACUAGUAGGUGAUCUGUCUGACCGUAGGAGCAAACUGAACACUGAAGUCCUGGAACGGAGCUCCACCCAUUCAGAGUUUGAGACAGUAAACGAGAGAAUCGGCACCAUUAAACACACAUACCCCAGAAUGGUGACUAGAGAGGUGAUUGAGUUUAAAAGAGAUCCUCAACUGGAAGAAGAGGCUGCCAACAUGCGAAAUGAGAUCGCAAGGACAAGACAUGAAAUCCAAAUGAAGGAACGAGACCAAGCCCAAAUGAAGAAAGAAAUCGCAAUUCUCCAGCAUAUUCAACCGCCGCUGAAAGAGAGAGAGGAUAAGAAGGAAGCAGGUAAAUCAGAACAAGAUCUAGAGAUUUUGAAAGCAUUUAAAACAUUUGAGACUGAAAUUUCUGAUGAGAAAAACAAAUGCAGGAUCCUCAAUGAUGAAAUCUUCCAGACAAGAAAUCAGAUUAAUACCCUUGAGAAGCUGAUUCCCAACAUCCAGUCUAAAGACAUCGCUAGAAAGGUGGAAAAGAUUGAACAAAACCCUGAACUUAUCGCAGAAUUCAACAAGCUCCAAACGAGCAUGGAGGAAGAGAGAUCUGAAAACAGCCAUUUGUCUCAAGAAGUGAUGGAGCUGCAGAAGCGCUACAGAGAAGUUCAAGCCCAGAGGCCAAGUUUUGAGGUGAAAGAAGUUGUAAAUGAGAUCUACCUAAUAGACCCAAAUACAGAGAUGGAAAUUGAGCACCUCCGCAAAGAAAUACAGGAAAUAAAUAUGCAGAAUACUGAUUUAGAAAAGGUGAUUAUGCAGGUCACCUCUGACAUGAAUGCCCUUCGUUCAGAGAAACCCAAAGUAGAAUUCAAAGAAGUUCUCCAAGAGGUGGUGAAAGAAGAAAGAAGCCCUGAAAACGGGCGAGAGAUCCAGAGGUUAAAUGAUCAGGUGAACCAUCUGAACAGCCAGUGUACCUCUCUUGAAGACCAGGUUAGACAGUUGCGAAAAGAAAGAGAUGAAAGGAAGGCAGAAAAGUCAAAGAUAGAGACCCAGUUUGUCUCCAGGGACUUAAUUAAAUAUGAGUCUGAUCCACUACUGGAGAAGGAAGCUGAUCGUUUGCGCAGGAGUGUGCGGGAAGAAGCACAGUUGAGGCGAAAUAUUGAGGAGAUGGUUUUUGACCUCCAACACAAAUACCUUCUUUUGGAAAGACAGAAACCAGAACAGAAACUGAUUGUCCAGGAGGUUGUACACCUUCAGAAGGACCCAAGGCAAACACUGGAACAUGACAGACUCAGUAGGAGGCUUGAUGAAGUCGUAACGAGUCGCCGUCAGAUGAAUCUGGAGUUACAGCAACUAAGAACAAAGUUGGAAGACAAGGAGCGCAUCAUAAGAGAGAGUGAUGAGCACCAAAAAAGGAUCCAAGCUGAAUCUGAACUUAGAGAGAUCCGACUACGUAUCACACAAUUGGAAAAUGCCCCACCUCCUGUUGAGGAGAGCAUAGUAGUUGAGGAAGUGCUGAAGGUUGAAAGAGAUCCAAAACUGGAAAGGAUGACAAAUGAUUUGCAGUUUGACAUGGACAAGGAAACCAAUGAUAUCCUACGUAUCCAGAGGGAAAUCCGCAAUGUCAAAUUAAAGCUUGAGAUUCUGCAGAAAGAGAAGUCAGGUGAAAAGACAGUGUAUAAGGAGGUUGUUCGUGUGGAGAAAGAUCAGGCUGUUGAAGCUGAGCGACGCCGUCUGAGGGAGCAGGUGUCUCAGAACAAAUUUGCUAGACAAGACUUGGAGGAUGAAAUCAGGCGUCUCUAUGACAAAAUUAGCAUUUUGAGGAGCACCAAAUCUAACAAUUCAAGAGAAGAGACAAAUCUUAGUUUCAACAAAGAUACUCUAGUAAGGGAAAACGACAACCUCACCCAAGAACUCAGAACUCUUGAAGCAAAGAAACACAACAUUCAUCUCUCUUUCCAGCAGCGAAGUCGAUUGAUGACUGAAAGAACACAGAUGAACAGGCAGAAGAGCGUUAAGAUGGAGUCAGAUGUCCAGCGACUGGAGAGACAGAUCUUGGACGAGAAAGAUAAGAUUCAUGAACGAGACAGCACAAUUCGUGAGAUUCUGAUGUACCUGCAGAAAGAGGAACAGGCAGAGACAAGGACCAAAGAAACCAAUGUCUCGACCAAAGUCACCAUUUUGGAUCCAGAUACUGGUAAAGACAUGUCUCCUUAUGAUGCCUACCUUGGGGGCCUCAUUGAUCGCCAGCAGUACAUUGAUCUGCAGGAACUAGAAUGUGACUGGGAAGAGAUAACGUCCAAGGGUCCUGAUGGAGAAACAUCUGUGCUGCUGGAUCGCAAGAGUGGAAAGCAGUACUCUAUCAAAGACGCUAUCAAGGAAGGAAGGCUAACAAAAGAUGAUCUGCAACAAUACAAACAAGGCAAACUUCCUAUCUCAGAAUUUGCCCUUCUUGUUGCAGGUGACAAAACCAAGCAACCCAAAUUCACCUCAGUCACCCAAACACCAAAUUCAUCUGCGAAAUCUCCAUCAUUAGACCUUACCACUGCUACGGAAACACAGCCAAUUGCUGGAAUAAUGGAUACAUAUACAGACACCUGCUUUACAAUCCGCAAUGCCACCUUGCGCAAACUGAUCGACCCUACCACUGCCCAAAGACUGCUGGAGGCUCAAGCAGCAACAGGUGGCAUCACUGACAUCAGCAACAAAGAAAGAUGCAAAGUUCACAAGGCGGCACAAAGAGGCCUUAUCGAGGACAGCCAAGUCCAACGGCUGCUUAAUGCAGAGAAAGCUUUCACUGGAGUUGAAGACCCCAUGACCAAAGAGUGUUUGUCUGUGGGAGAAGCUGUUCAGAAAGGCUGGAUGCCAAAAGAGUCAGCAAUUCGAUACAUGGAGGCACAACACCUGACUGGUGGGCUGGUAGAUCCUGCCACUGGUCGUAGAGUUAGCUUAUUGGAUGCCAUUGAAUCUAAAAAGAUUGACAGUACAACAAAAAAGGAUCUACAAACCGGCGAACACUAUGUCAGAGAUAUCAUUGACCCUAUCACAAAGGAGAAGAUCAACUACAAGCAAGCUCUGGAUCGCUGUAGGAAAGACACAGCGUCUGGCUUACCAAUGCUACCCGCCUCCUCCAAAGAGCCAAGCUAUUCUCCAACAUACUGCUCUUCAAGAUAUUUUAAUCUCUAGAUUCACUUGCAGUUAACACCAUAACUAUCUGAUAUCACUAGGAGAAGAGAAGAGGGGGAAUAAAUUAAUCAGGAGGUCAGGCUUUAACUGGGAAGUCUCCUGAUGUUUGGCUUGUGAGGAGACUCAGUGGCUCUCCUGACUCAGUAGGUGAACGGCAUUGAAAAUUUAGGACCCUAAAAAUGUUUGGAAUUGAAUUUAGAGUUAAGAAAAAAUAAACUCAUCCAAGGCCACGAUGAUUGCUGCAACAGGUCAAGGAGUCUGUGCAUUUAUUGUGUGUGGACAUGCAGUUGCUUACAGUUUGAAAAAGAGCAUAUUGAAGGUGUACAACUUAAGGAUCCAUUCCUAACAAAGAAUGAAGAUGGAGUUACUACAUAAAAUACAUGACCAAAUGCAUUGUAAAGUUUAUGUUCCUGUCAGUUAGUAAGGUUUGCUGGGUGAGUCUAUGAAACAAGGCAAUGAAAAAUGACUAAGGCUUUUCAAAUUUAUUAAUUUGUCAAGGAACAGUGCACAUUAAUCAAUAUUAUGUUAUGUAAGUGUGCCAGAGUUGGCUAGAAUAAGAUAAUUUUCAUUGAUAACAAAAAGCUAGUGACACUCAUGUUUGUUGGAGAUUAUUGUAUUACAAUGCGUCUGCAAUGUAAUAGUUAUGCCCUGUGGCAUCUGGAUUAUUAACCAGUUGAGUUAUUAACCAGUUGAAUAUGAGCUUGCAUAUAAGCUUCAAAAUAUCUGGAAAUGGAGGUCCUGAAACUUUUGUUUGAGGAUUUAUUCUAGUGGUUGUGUUUGCGAGAUUGGGUUACUUAAAACAGGUGUAGCUGCCAUGAGCAUGUUGCAUGUUGAGAAGCACAAUCAAACCAGAAUCCAGACCAUCACUGAUUGUUUCCAUGCAUAGUAAAAAGCUUAGAUAAUUUGUGGGAGAUAAUAUACCAAAACAUUAAACAAUUGAAGGAUGCCAUAAAUGUAGUUUGCACCUGUGCUUGGCUUGGUGGGUUGGGGCAUGUGUAACUGCUGCUGCUGUUGUUUAGCACAAUUAUUUUAGGUUUUAUUUCUGCUUCUGCUGUUAAAACCUGGUAGAUUGGUUUUGACUGUGGCUUGUAUUGUUUGCUAGCUUAACUGAGCCUGUUGUUUUCUUUAUGAGGCCUGAAAAUUAAAUCGUGAAUGCCAACAACUGAGUGUGCCGACAUUCUGAGUUGGGCCACGGUCUGAGUAGGCUAUUGACUGUUAUUAAGCUAUUCUCUUUUCUUACACUACACACAACAAAUUUAUGUUUACUACUAGAGGUUGUUUUCUUAGCUUGGUAAUAAAAUAUAUUAUGUAUUCUGCUGCUUCUACUACAUAUAUAUAUUAACUCAGGAGAAGACAUAUAGUAUAAAACUGUUUGUCAAGUUGCCAGGAUGAUUGCUGUUGAGUUGCAUUUGUUUAGCCAAGAGUCAUACAUAGGAAUAUUUGUUGUUUGAUGCCUUUUGGAUCAAAAUAAAGUGACCAAUGCUGCAUCAAUAUUGUUUAUUGUGAAUAUUGCUGUAUUAUUGGGGAUAUCGGGACAUAAUAUUAUAGAUUGAUUUGAUUCUGUGUUAAUUCUUCACUUAAAACUUGAAAUUGUUAGAUAUUUUAUGAAGAAUCAGAUAUGAUUAAAAUUAACUUAUGAUGGUUAAAAAGCA